AUGUCGUCAAGCGAACCACGACGGGACCCUUUUCGUCCAGCAAAGCGUGUUGCGGGGCAGAGACAAGAUGUCUGGUCCAUUGUCAAUGAAGCUGCGGCUGCGUCACCAGUUCAACCCAUUGUAAAUAUGGGCCAAGGGUUUUUUGGUUAUAAUCCCCCCAAGUUUGUCAUCGAUGCAGCAAAGGAUGCCCUAGAUAGGGUCGAGUGCAAUCAAUAUGCGCCCACAAAGGGUUCUCCCCGGCUCAGGAAAGCUAUUGCUGCCGCGUACUCGCCAUUUUUUGGUCGAGAACUCAACCCUGAUACAGAAGUGGCAAUCACUACAGGUGCCAAUGAGGGCAUGUUGAGUGCCUUCAUGGGGUUUAUUGAAGAAGGAGAUGAAGUCAUUAUUUUUGAGCCGUUCUUCGAUCAAUAUAUAAGCAAUAUUGAGAUGCCGGGAGGAACAAUAAGAUUUGUUCCUUUACAUCCCCCCAAAGAUGGUGCGUCGAGGACUUCUUCGGCUGCGGAAUGGACAAUAGAUUUCGACGAGCUUGAGAGAACCAUCAACUCCAAAACGAGAAUGAUUGUAUUCUUUUCGCGUGUGGAGCUUGAAAAAGUAGCUGCGCUUUGUGUUAAGCACAACAUUAUAAUACUCUCUGAUGAGGUUUAUGAUCGUCUUUACUACGUCCCAUUUACGCGCAUAGCUACCUUGUCUCCCAAGGUUGCCGCGCUCACGCUGACGGUCGGGUCAGCGGGAAAGAAUUUCUACGCAACCGGCUGGAGAGUUGGUUACCUUAUUGGCCCCGAGCAUCUUAUAAAGUAUGUUGCAGCAGCACAUACUAGAAUUUGUUACAGCAGCGUCGCACCGUUGCAAGCAGCUGCAGCAGUUGGUUUCGAGAAAGCAGACGAAGUUGGAUUCUGGGACCAGAGCAGAGCAGAAAUGAGAGCAAAAAUGGACAAGUUCUGCGAAGUGUUUGAUGAGCUCGGUAUUCCUUAUUCUGAUCCAGAGGGGGGAUAUUUUGUCCUUGCAAACAUGGCUACCGUCAAGUUUCCGGAAGAUUACCUUUUUCCUCCACAUGUUGCAAACCGUCCCCGCGAUUUUAAACUGUCCUGGUUCCUUAUUCAAGAGGUCGGUGUUGCCGCUAUCCCGCCAACAGAGUUCUAUACGGACGCGAAUGCCCAUAUUGCUGAGGAUUAUCUGCGAUUUGCCGUGUGCAAAAAUGAUGACGUUCUGGAGACUGCAAAAGAGCGCUUGCGUGGGCUUAAGAAGUACAUCGUCCGUUCAUAA